UGUGACUGUGAUGCACCACAGUCUGUGUUGUCAUGAACAUAAGCGGUGGUUGAACUGAUCAGCUGCCAAUGGGACAUAAUCUGAAAUGCAACCUUUGCACCCAUGAUAACAGGACUGGAAACACUGGAAACAGUUUCAACAGUUGAGGCAAAUUAACCCUUUUCAACCUUUUCUGGUCCCUCUCUCUCUUCCUUCCCCCUCCCCAUUUCUGUAAUGUCAGACACAUGGACAGGUAGGAAUUCUGUCCUUGAUGCGCACGCUUCACGUUGUCCACGCUCCUUACCUAAACCCGUCACCACCCCAUGCACGUGCGUCCUGUGGGAGGUUCCCCUUACCUCCCUUGCGUUAAACACUCCUUAAAUUGUAACGUUAUCAUAAACAGUCCGGCUUCGGGGGGCCAUAAUCACCUCUCUCGGGCUUUACCGAGACUUCUCAUUGGACGUCAACACGCGACCAGCGCGAGGAGGGGGGCUCCCAGACGCGUGCCGCUUUUUAAACCGACGCCGCGCCUUGAGACACCAGAGAAGGAGUCCCGCACGCGACACGCAUAUUCACACAGUGAGACAACGUAGUAGUGCGUGCCUCCAAGAACAACUUUUUUUUUUUCUAAUAUCGUUGUUCGGUUUAACUUUGCCUACCUUUUUGGGGGGUUUUUCUUUUUGGAAACAUGGAUGUCCGAAGUGUGGAAGACUGGAGCAAAGGAGCACGGGAGGCGGUUGUCCUCGACUCCCGGCAGCAGAGCCCGAGAGUGUUGGAGAGGGGAGGGGAGCAGCAGCUCGAGGAGUCCCGCUACGAACCUGGACUGACGCUCGUGGACAGCGGCAGUGACCCACGCGCCUGGCUGGCUCUGGUGCAGCCUUCUGGCACCUGCGCGGCACACGCCACUUCACCCGACUACCUGCGGCACUCGCCCUGCCCGAGCACCGGCUCCUACAACGAGAGUGGCUCCCCGGAGUCCUCGGGUCACCCCAGCCCUCCCAGCUACAGAAAAGCUGCCAAGAGCCCCUCCUCUUCUUCGCUCAAAGUCAGGGACCUGUGCCGUCUUAAAGGCACGUUCACCGGUUCCGACGAGGACGCAUCCACGAGACAGAGAGCCCCAUCCAGCAAACCCACCAACGGGGUCCAGAAGCAGAGGCGCGUGGCCGCCAACGCGCGCGAGAGGAGGCGGAUGCACGGGCUUAACCACGCGUUUGACGAGCUGCGCAGCGUCAUCCCGGCGUUGGACAACGACAAGAAGCUCUCCAAAUAUGAAACUUUACAGAUGGCGCAGAUUUACAUCAACGCUCUGGCUGAUCUGCUCCAAGGUCCGAGCUCCUCAUCCAACAACAGCAAUAACGACGUCUCAAACAAUAACAACAACUCGCCAAAGUGUGACAUUAUGCUGUCUACCGCCGUUGGUUUUGACGGGGCGAAGGACAGGGCUUCCCCAUCCCCUACAACCUGUAGGACGGCGGCUGUGCCCGUCUCAGGUAGCAGCUUACCUGUCCACAUCAGCGGGAUGCCUUUCCGCUCCUCCUUUGACGACGGUGCGUUUUCCGCCAUGGUUGAAGAAGCGAUGUGUUCGCCCUCUCCUUCAUCCUCCACUCGGGCAGGCAACUCGCUCGCACCGGUCGGAGGUGGAAGGAAAGAGUCUCCCCGCAGCGACGGAGAGUUUUCCCCACACUCCCACUUCAGUGACUCGGAUGAAAUAGCGAUGGAGCUCCACUCAAGUGAAGAAGAUGACCUUUCAGAACUGAAGCUACGCAGCCACCACCACCAUCAUCACCACACAGUUUCUUUCUGAAUGAUUGCAAAUAACAGACUAUAUUAAAGGUUCACCACAGCCUACAACAAAGUAAUGCCCGUAAAACCGUGUCAAUCAUCUGUUGCUAACAAAAAAAUGCAUUUUUAAGAUAUUAUCAAUAUUUGCUUCUUCUUCACACAAAAAAAAAGUCAUGUUCAAUUUUUACCAAUAAUUCUAUUUUAUCAAACUUGUGACAUAGUCUAAAGAUUAUUUUUUAUGUGAGAUAGGCCUAAUUCGGUUCUGCCAAUAGAUGUAUAGCCUAUAAUUUCCAGUUUCCAUGGAGACGUGGCUGGAAGACCCCUCUGCCAUGUCGCGCGCAGCACUGCCAUGGGUAUCUCCCACGUCACUCCGACCAAAAAAAAAGAAAAAAAAGAAAUCUGUCUUCCUCAAAAUCAAAACUUUAUGGAUAAUUGCUUAUAUUUGAUAAUGUAAAAAAAACAAAAACGUUUUUUGUAGGUGUAAUAUGAUUUUUGUUGUUGUUGUGAUUUAUGUUUUUAUUUGUUAAUUUGUAUGUAUAAUGUAUUUCGUUUUGCAACUUCAAAAGUUCAUGAUGUGCACUUUAAAAUUAUACGAGCCAGAGGCUUGAGAAAUGCGACUUUUGUUUCCAAACCAUAAGAUGUUUUUGUUUUGCUUUGUUUGCUAGUGUAGUACUGCCAACUCCAUACGAAUAGCCUAUUUAAUGUAGCCAUCAUCGCUGCCUUCUUUUUGUAUUUUCUUUUGUAUCUUCACAUGGACUUGUGUGUCUUUUGCUUUCACUGGAUGAGAUUAAUUGACAUGUAUUUAUUUCUGAUAUUUUUCAUUUGAUUUGUUUUUUGUUUUUUUUAUAACUCCAUAGUUGAAUUUACU